AAACAUUAAAAAUAAUAAUCCGUGCCGCAAGGGAGAAAGCCUCUCCCCGUCUCUUAUAUCUCCGGGGGGAAUCCAUCUCCGUUCGGCUUUGAGGCGCAGGCUUUCCCCCGUCCCUCCGCUCUACCCCGGCGGCCGAUUCGCCUCGCCUCGCCCUCCUGGCCGGCCAGGUUAGGGACGCAUCUCUCCCAGGAGAGGAUCAAUGUCCAACUAUCAUGACGAGCACGUCGAAAUGGAGGAUGAUUUUGAUAUGGAUGAUCCUGCCGAUGCCAUGGCGGACGGGCAGCAGGAGCAGGGACUAAGGGACUCCGAUUCGGAGGACGAAGACGGGCGAUCGAAUGAUAAAAUCCCAGAUACUUCGGCAGCGGAUGCAAGAAGAGGAAAAGACAUUCAAGGAAUACCAUGGGAGAGGCUAGCUAUCACUCGUGAAAAAUACAGGCAGACCAGAUUAGAGCAGUACAAAAACUAUGAGAACAUUCCUAAUUCUGGAGAAGCAGCAGCCAAGGAAUGCAAACUGACGGAGAAAGGUGGAAUGUAUUAUGAAUUCAGACAAAAUACUAGAUCAGUAAAAUCAACCAUCCUACAUUUUCAGCUGAGAAAUUUAGUAUGGGCUACAUCCAAGCAUGACGUCUACCUAAUGUCACAUUUCUCAGUACUUCACUGGUCAGCAUUGAGCAGUGCGGAUACUGAACUUAUAAAUGUCCAGGGUCAUGUGGCACCAAGGGAGAAGCACCCUGGAAGUCUAUUAGAGGGGUUUUCUCAGACUCAAGUUAGUACCUUGGCAGUCAAGGACAAUCUGCUAGUAGCUGGUGGAUUUCAAGGAGAACUAAUAUGCAAGCACCUUGAUCGAGAAGGAAUAAGCUUCUGCUGUCGAACAACGUAUGAUGAUAAUGCUAUUACUAAUGCAGUUGAGAUAUUCAAUACUUCUAGUGGUGCUGUUCAUUUUAUGGCAUCGAAUAAUGACUCUGGUGUACGAGACUAUGACAUGGAGAGAUUCCAGCUAUGCAAGCACUUUCAGUUUGAUUGGCCAGUGAAUCAUACAUCACUGAGUCCUGACAGAAAGCUUGUUGUUAUUGUGGGGGAUGAUCCUGAUGGGUUACUUAUUGAUGCCAAUUCAGGAAAGACUCUUCAUUCCAUGAAAGGUCAUCAUGACUACUCAUUUGCAUCGGCCUGGAGCCCUGAUGGCCGAACAUUUGCUACUGGGAACCAAGACAAGACAUGCCGAAUUUGGGACGCGAGAAACCUAUCAAAAGCCGUCCAUGUAUUGAAGGGUAACCUUGGAGCCAUUAGAUCAAUCCGCUUUACUUCAGACGGGCAGUUCCUGUCUAUGGCUGAACCAGCAGACUUUGUCCACAUCUUCGAUGUCAAGAGCGAUUACAACAGAAGACAAGAGCUGGACUUCUUUGGCGAGAUAUCUGGGAUGUCCUUCAGCCCAGACACAGACGCCCUUUUUGUUGGCGUGUGGGAUAGAACAUAUGGCAGCCUCCUCCAGUUCCGCCGCCUGUAUAACAACUCAUAUCUUGACUCGAUGCUUUGAGGUGAAAGCGGAGCAGAUGUGGGGCCUCCUCAGCUGCACUGAAUCUUGCAACAUAAAUUAGGUAUCCUCAAAUUGGAUCUUCAAGUUGACCUGAUAAUUCAAUUAAUAAGUGAUGUGUCCUGUUGUAUUUGUACAUAAAGAAAAUGUACAGAUGCCUAUAGCCUGUGCCGGGGUAGAGCGCAUCUCAUAUAAAAAUGUUGUUAGAUUCCAGACUUCCAGUUAGUUGUAAGGGCUGUUGGCUCGAGUCAGAGUGAUGUUGUGAACGUCAUGAUCGGUGAUGCUGUGACUUUUAGAGUUGAACAUCUCUUGAAGACUUCAACUGCCUUAUGCCAUCUCAAAAUGGGAUUUAUUUUGUUUCCUGUU